AUGGUGGUCCCGGAGACAACGAGGGCAAAGGCUCGUUUGCAGCUUAGCACCAUGCUGAAGGGUUUGGGGGAGUUUCGGGUCCACCCGGAGAAGGUUGGGUCGUAUGCCGAAGCCAUAGUGACCAAAAUGAGUGCCGAGUAUUCAGACAAGGAGUCCUUUCGCGACCAGCUAAUGGGUCUACUAGCAAACAUGCGAAACCUAGACGGCGAGCUCGAGAAGGUUGGACCUUCUGUCUUGGCCACUCUGAGCCCGCAGGAGAUGCUCUCUAGAAGUCAGCGACGGGAUCGUGAGCGGUUCUUGAGGAAGCGAGCUCGUGAGCAGCUGCUGUAUGAUGUGACCAGUAUGCUUUGUCCGACAUGCAAGCUUGUGCGGUCCGAUCGCCUUAAUCUCAAUCACUUGGCACUUGACUCGGAGGAAAACGGGACACAGUUCGACUACAACUUUGACAAUCUCUGCCAGUGCGAUCACCACAGCAGCGAGGACACGACCAGCACUUCGUCGUCGUCGUCGUCGUCGUCUUCGCCCUUGUCGUUGUCGUCAGCAUUGAAGUCAGAGAAGAAACAUGGCUAUGCAGUUGACGAUAGCCCAUCAAACAUAUAA